GUAACGUUUCGGACAAGAAUCUACCACUGUAAUAUCAACAGCCAAGGCGUCAUCUGCCUGGACAUUUUAAAAGACAACUGGAGCCCAGCAUUAACCAUUUCUAAAGUUCUCCUCUCCAUCUGCUCCCUCCUCACAGACUGCAACCCCGCUGACCCCCUGGUUGGAAGUAUUGCCACUCAGUACAUGACUAACAGAGCAGAGCAUGACAGAAUGGCCAGACAAUGGACCAAAAGAUAUGCUACAUAAGUUGGAUUUUUGUCAAACUCUUACAUUAUUUGUCUGUGAUGGAAAGAGCUGCUUAUGAUUUUGAAGGGGUGGGGGAGGGAGGGUGCUGGUAAAGAGUAGGGUAUUUCUAUAACAGAUUUUAUUCAGUCUUUUAUUUCCUAAAAUUUUGUUGUUGUAACUUAAGGUAUCUUGCUACAGUAGACAGCUAGGAUUUGGAAUAGCAUAUUUUAAGACUGUAAUUAGUUCAGCAAUAUUAGCUCACAUAUAGUACCGAGAAGAAUGUAAACUUCUUAAGACUUCUUUGGUUUUCAGUUUGCUUGCAUUAUGUAAAAGAUUAAACCAGCUUAAUUUUGUACAGGUACAUUUAUGUAAAAGUCCUUUCAAGACUCUACACACUGUUUUUUGCUUUUUGUUUUGUUUUAGUUUUGGGGGGUUUAUUUUGUUCUGGGUUGGGUUUGGGUUUUUUGGGGGGUUUUUUUUGUAAAAAGAUGUCGAGAUUGUUUUCCCCUAUGGAAGGCACAUUGGUAUUUAACAAAUCCUUUUUAAAGACUGUCAUCUCAUGAUCUGUGAUACAAAGAGGUGGAUAUAUGGCCUCAUAUAUGAAAUGAGAAGUAGUUAAUGUAUUAUUUUAUAAGCCAAUCUAUCUUUGUGAAAAGAAUAAAGGGUUUAAUCAGGACUUACGGUAACCUGUAGUGAAAUACCUUAAGCUGUUUAACUGUAAGGCGUGGAAUAGGAGUCACUCAGUGGAUUGGUUGUAUGUUGUGGGCUACUUAAGUCUGCAUUUGUUACUGUGCUAAUAAAAAGAUGUUUAAAAAAAAGAAGAAGAA